AGUGAGAGCUCUGCUCUGUAGUGCCCUAGCUCUCGGUUUGGGACGCGGCCGCGUGUCUUUAACCAUGGCGAUCGCUCACGUCGCUACAGAAUACGUGUUUUCUGAUUUUCUCCUGAAGGAGCCGGCUGCGGGGAAGUUCAAAGGGGUUCGUCUGGAGCUGGCUGCGGAUAAACUGGUGACUUUCAUCGCGGUGGGUCUUCCCCUUCUGCUCAUCUCCCUCGCCUUCGCGCAGGAAGUCUCCGUGGGUUCCCAGAUUAGCUGUUUCCCACCAACCAACUUCACCAUGCGCCAAGCAGUGUAUGUAGACUCCUUCUGUUGGGUUGCUACUGAAAGGCAAACUACAGAGGACGGCUCCCCUCUGUGGUUACAUAAGUUCUUUCCUUACAUCCUACUGCUGUUGGCUGUCCUCGUGUAUGUUCCUGCUCUGUUCUGGCGCUUCACUGCUGCUCCUCAGCUCUCCUCAGACCUUCACUUUAUUAUGGAGGAGCUGGAUCGCUGUUACAACCGCGCCAUCCACCUCGCUAAGAGCUUGGCGUCCAAGAAUCCUGAAGCUAAGGAUGGCGCUGAGGAUUUCCACAGCUGUCUGGAUAUGACGGAGGGCUGUUUCAAGUACCCCUUGGUGGAACAGUAUCUGAGGACUAAGCGCGGGACACGGGCACUGGCGUGGAAGUACCUGUUGUGUCGGGUUCUCACUCUGCUCACAAUACUGCUGGCUUGUCUCUACCUGCUAUACUACAUCUGCGUGGUGUCUCUGAAAGACCAGUUCGCUUGCACCCUACACACCGGUGUUGUCCUGGGCGAGAGCGUGACCCCUCCGGUGCAGUGUAAGCUGGUGGCCGUGGGUGUUUUCCGUCUGCUCAGCUGCAUUAACGUGGCGGUGUACCUGCUGCUCAUCCCCGUGGUGAUCAAGGGAGCUCUCUUACCCUCGCUGAAGAGGCAGCAAAGCCAGUUGCUUCGUCCGUAUAAGCUCCUGCCCGCCUUCAGCCACACACAGGGGCUGAACACCAGCUCUGGUCGCUAUGACGACCUCAGCAUCUACAUGCUGUUCCUGGAGGAGAACCUGAGCGAGCUGAAGAGCUAUAAGUGUCUGCAGGUAUUAGAGUUAUUAACAGAAAAAGAGAGCGAACACCUCGACACAAUGUGCAUCCUGAGGACUCUUUCACAAGUAAAGACUGAUUUAGUGGACAGGAAAUUAGUGUCCAUCGGAGAGGUCAAAAACGAAUCGACUCCCAUUAAGGAGGAAGUAGAGCUGUCCACGCUUAAGGAUGUUUCCACUGUAAUGAUGCAGGACGGGGACCAAAAAUGCUGUGGAAAGGAUGUGAGGCAGAGAGCAGUCUGAAGUUUGCAUCAGAGAGAGAGAGAGAGAGAGAAAUAAAUGGGUGCUUUACCUUUGGUACAUUAAAUUUCGAUUUUGGUGUUACUACAGAAAAAGAGGAAUGUAUGCAUGUCCCUUUAAUAUGUGUUUUUCAUUAAUGUUUGAGCGUGUGUGAGUGAGAGAGACAGACAAUCAACCCCAUUCCCAACCUUCCUGUAAAAAGUAGUAUUCAUUUCAAGCUCUCAGUGCUUCUCAUUUAACAUAACAUGAGCACUAGAACAUACAGAGUCCACUCAGUUACACGAUAUGUUCCAGGUUAAUGCAUGAAAAUGAUCAUAAAAUAUUCAGUGCAUUUACAUUGCCUGGAGUUCAUGACUCUCUCUCUCUCUCUUACACACACACACACAUUGAGCGGGAUCCAAUUACAAGCAAUAUAUCUUCAGCAUGAGGUCUGUGCAUGCCAGGACAAAAACAAGUGACUCAGUUAACAGCAAGUGCCAUGCAAAGGGCUUUCUGAAAGACAUUGAUUCUUAUGUAUAAAACCACUGAAUGAGUCCAGGUCCAAGGCUAAUGCAGGUAUUUAUUAGCUUAAGUGUGUUGUACAGUAUUAUGGUAAUGGCAUGGUUUUAAACACUCCAGUCAAUUUGGUGCACAGAUUUUGGUUUGAAUUUAGUUUUAUAAUGUUUUGCACAUCACCCAUAUUCCUUAUUUCUAUUACUGAUAAUAAUCACUAUGCUGUACAGUAUAUGCUGACCAGAGCAGCGGUGGAUCAGUAGCCACUGAUGGAGCCACUGUUGCGUCCUUGGGCAAGUCCCUUAAUCCUACGCCAAAUCCAACCCAGCCCCAGCAUGUAGUACCGGUCCUAAGCUUGGUUAGGAAAUCGGAGGGUUGUUUAACUACGUUAAAACUGUCACAGACCAAAUGCGGACAAAACGAUCCAAAUAUGCUGGACCCUAGGAUAAAAGGGACAAAGCUUAAGAAAAAGAAAAAAAAAAGUAUAUAUUGACUGUUAGAUAAGCUUUGGUAUCUCAGUGGAAUAGUUUCUUUUUUUUUAAAGGCACUUUGAAUUGUGAUCACUGAAUUUUUUAUGUUGUAAAGACUCGUUAUUAAAAUGAUUUGAUAUGAUUUAAUGAUUUUAUUU